AUGAAUUAUAUUGAUUAAGGUUCAGCACUGUCUAGGAAAGUGCCAAAUAGAAAAUUAACUAAAAAGAAUUCUUUAUUUUAUUAGGUAUGAGUCUGCUAUUUACCAAAAUUAGUAAUCAGUAUUGGAGAAUGAAGAAUUUCUACAAAAAUAUGAGAAGAAUGUGGAUCAAUUAUAGACAGUAAUAGAAGAGCCUGAAUUAAAAGAAGUAAUAUAGAUCAGAAACGAGAAGUUUUUUUAACUUUUAGAAUAAAUUAUAAAGGUUGAAUCAUCAAUAAAAGACUUUGCAAAAGGGUAAAUAAAUAGGUUUUAUUUAGAUAUUAAAAGUAUGGAUUUAUUGUUUCAGAUAAUGGAAUUACAUAUAGAGAGUGGGCUCCAAAUGCAUAAGAUUUAAAAUUGAAUGAUUAUAGUUGUACAACUGACAAUGGAGGUAAUUGGGAAGUGUUCAUACCAAAGGAUGAUGAUGACAAUCAUUAAAUAGUUCAUGGAAGCACAUUAACAACAAAUUUAAAUGAUUUAUAGAGAGCAUCAGUAUGGAGUUAAGUAAAGAAUGGAGAUAAAGCAAUAUUUUGGAAUCCUGAUAAUAAAUAUGAAUUGCAAUAAUAAUAAUAAAAAUUAUAAUAAUAACAAUAAAGUAAAGGAUUGAAAAUGAUCAAAUAAAGAAUAAAUGAACUUGAGAAUAUAUAAGGAUACAAUGCAAUUUUGAUAACUUAAUAAGUAUUAAUGGCUGUGGAUGUAAAUUAAAUAAAUCCUGAGGAGUUAAAAAAGAAGAUUGAUGAACUUCAUUAAUAAGGAUUAUAAGUAUUGAUGGAAAUAGAUCAUUAAUUAUUAGGAAAGCAUUUAAAAAAUUGGGAUGGAAGUGAUUAUUAAUAUGUACGUGAAGGAAGUGAUUAAUUAGAUUAUGGAAAAUGGGAAGUUCUACGAUUAUUAUUAUCAAAUUUAUAAUUUUGGAUAUAAGAAUAUUAGAUAGAUGGAUUUAAGUUUUCAAAUAUUGAUAUUACUGAAGAUAUUGAUGUUGCUGUUUAUUUAAUGUUAGCUAAUGAUUUAAUUCAUGAUAUAUUACCGAAUGGGAUCACUAUAAUAACUAAUUUUGAAUAUCCAGCUAUAUGCAGAUAUAUUAAAGAAGGUGGAUUAGGUUUUGAUUUGAAAGUAUCAUAAUUAUAAUCUAAAUAAUAUAUGUCAAAAACAUUAUAUGAAAUUAGAGCAGAUGCAACAAGAGCCGAAUAAUUAAAUGCAUUAGUAUUCGGAUAAGUAAUCAUCUACCUAAAUAGUUUAGGGAGUGAUUUCAGAUAAGAAGGAUAACCAUUUCCUUUUACUUGAAUCCUAACUUGGUUGGCUAGAAAAUGAAUUUGCUGAAGUUAAUUAAAUUGACUUUGUUAUUGAAGUUAAGAGGUCCAAAUAUACAUUUUUGAUAAAUCUCACUAAUUAAGUAUAAUCUAAAUGUCCAUUUCUAGGAUAGAACUAUUUAACUGAAUUACAAAAUUAAUCAAAUCUUCUAAUAGGAAGGGUACAAGUAGACUUAAAUUGAUGAAAAUUCUAUAGAAAUUCAAAUUCAAUCAGAAUAGGGAUUGAUUAUACAAUGAUAACUAUCUGAAUUUACAGAAUGUGUA